CCGUGCUGAUGUCUGCCACUAGUAUGCUUGCCAGUUUUAAUUUCAUGAACUUGUUCCUCCGUUCACCGGCAAUUUACCAAGCCGAGCUAUACAUUGGAUUCGCCAUUUUCUGCGGCUUUGUGGUGUUCGAUACACAACUGAUCAUCGAGAAACGAAAAUCCGGGGAUACCGAUUUUGUCUGGCAUGCGCUGGACUUGUUUAUCGAUUUCAUCGAAAUCUUCCGUCACCUACUCAUCAUCCUGAAUUCUAAAAGGGUGAGCAUCUCUUCCAUGUCUCAACUUGAAUUGGCUAAUUGCGUUUAUUUCAUUCUUAACAGUUUAUACCGGUCUCGCUGUUGACACUCUUUUCUGAACAGUUGAAAUAUUCUGUGAUAUCUGAAAGUUCGUGGCGAACCUCAUUGAUGAAUUAUUUUGUUUGGUCAUUCUCCCCCUCCAACCACGAUUUCAUUUCUUAGCAUAAUAUGUUUUUCUUCGCUGCGUAGUUGGCGGCUGGUAGCUUUCCGGAACAAUGCCCAUCCGUUCCUUGUAACUCAGCUGGCGUGCAUCUGUUGCAUUUUCCCUUUUAUGUAUUGUGGCACAGCAACUGAGAUGUUUUCCACCUUCAGCGACCGUGUAUAAUGAUGGCGAUGUAGUUUUGUCACUCUUCUGCCGAUAUCGGCCUUCCAGAUUUUGAGGAUUUCCUUAAUGCACAGGUGGCACGGCUUUUUUCCACAUGCGUUUACCUUACUCUGCAGACCAAUCCCUCUUGUCAGUGUGAGUGACGAGAUAGUGUUAUCUGCUGAAAAUACCUCGUCACUGACGCCGUCGUUUCAUGUUUUUCUUCAUUUGGAUUUUUGGUCACCAUUAAGUGGCUACUACCGGAUUUCGAAACUAAUGCAAUAAGUGUACCUAAGUCAUCUUUUAAACCAUCACGAAGAAAGCAGACUCGUUGCGACGUUAUGCAGUAGCUUGCAUGCCUCCUUGAUCCAUCUUUAUAUAUGCUUGGCAGUUCUGUUAUUUUUUUUUUACCAAAUGCGUAAUGUGUAGACAUGAAGCGAACUCAAUCUCCUAACCCUAUUGAUUGGGAACUGGUGCUUCACUGGUUUCUACAGCACUUGCUAGUUGGUAUCCUUCCAAUUUAUCUUACGAUCAGUCUUUGAGCUAAAGGCUUUAUUUGAGAACCCCUGUCCGUUUUCUUCUCUAGGUUUUGCCGAAUCGGCAGUGUCCUUGCCCAUAUUAAGCUCAAGCUGUCUCGUCGGCCCCCAGCCACCUUUUGCAUUGCUCAUCAUGCAAUACUGAGAUCGUUUUGCCUGUCACAUACAACAGAGUAGAUAAGCGGAAGCAUGCUAAUGCUGUGUUUGCUCUCCAUACUCUCAUUACUAUCCUUGUGCACUAGCCGACUGAAUUGACAGUGGCUGCGUUACCAUUCGCUACCACAUUGAGUCGCCAGUCGCACUGGCUCACUGUUUCUCUUGUGACGCUUGACAUUCGUACCGUGAGAUGGUCCAACGAGGUCACACCCAAUCACUGCUUACCGAGAAGUGUCUUGCCUUAAAUAGAUAUGCAGUAGUGCGAGGUUCAAGAAGAGGCGAUUUUCAGCAGCUGGAAAUCAGGCCACUGACGACUAACCUGGAUGCCGUUAACCCAUACCUUGUGUUUACUUCAUGAUUCUGCACCCCAUGACUCGAAGCUGACGUCAGUGGUGCGUUUACUGUUGCCCUCCAGUCGAAUUGCUCGUCUACCAUGUCUGCUGCUGUGUAAUCUGUGAAACUGUACAGCGACUUGCCAAGAUGCUUUCUUGUACAUCGGAGCGACAUUUGAUUAAAUAUCUAUGCAUUUUGGAAUUGUUUACUAAGGAAAAACGCACCAUCGGGUAAAGUCAGGACUUACGGUUGGCUUUCCUUUAUGAGCGGCUUGCAAUAAGAUUGCCCUAUUUUACCUUUCCUCUUCAAUUUUGCCAUCGAUGAUAUCCAAUGAGCAUUGGAAGAUGUCCGAAAUUACGAUAUCGAGCUUAUCUCUGGCGACAGCGUCGCGGACUUGGAUUACGCCGAUGCCAUCAUUUUGUUUGGGAAUGAUCCACUAACCACCCGGAACUCUGAACCAUUUGGUGAUGGAUGCAGGAGGCCUCGAACUGUGCUCGUCCGUUAGGUCCUAUUGUACGGUUGCGAAAAAUGGCCCAUCAAGUCGACAGACAUAAAGCCGCUAACUACAUUCGAUCACCGCUGCUUUUGCAGCUUAGCUCAUGUCUGGUGGGAGCAAUGAGCUUGUUCGGCGUCGUGUAUUUGAUGCAGGAAAAGCGAGUGAACCGCUCAUCAUCGUUAUAUCACGCAGCGGGCUCCGAUGGCUGGGCCACGUGUUGCUCAUGACGUGCCUUGUUUGCGCGUCUGGGUUGUGAAUAGAAAGAGAGGGGGGGAGGCCAAGUGAUGGCUAGGUCCAUAAAAAUGAUGGUUCUCGCGUCGAAUUUGGUGUCGAUUAGUGUCUUCGGGCUGCUUGGCUGGGAACCGAAGGACAAUGAACACCUCUGGUAGACUGGAUACUUUUGUUCACAUAGCUGGGAGCCGGCCUCUUUUAACCACGGUUUUAAAGCAUAAUGUCUUAUUAAGCAGUAUGUCCCCUGUCCUUUUCUGUAUUUUACACUACUCAGUAUCUCAAUUUUUCAUAUAUCCCCUUUUUGUAUUGCAGCACAGUUAAUGUGUAAUAAUAAAAGCACUCGUAUUGGCAUGUGCUUGUGCCUUAACUCGCCAUUACAGUUGAUGUUCUGGAACAAUUAUCUUGCUUCCUUUACCGAGGAAGUUGCGUCCUGGCUGGCGGCUGUGUGGUCUGAUAACAAAUCGCAAAGGCCCACCUUGCAUUCAUCAAACUGCGACACGUAUGUCGUCAUCUCAAGCCGAAGUACACAGUGCCUCCGUCUGUGCACCUCUUUAGUACAGCUGUGGAACCUGGCCUAUUCGUUCAGAAAUCAUAGAUUGGUUGUCAAUUUCCGAUAGCCAUUGUCUGUAUCGGUUUGCUCAUAUUUGAAGCGGACAGCCUCUGUUUCAGAUACGUUAUCCUCCGACGCCCCAUGCAUUGUCUCAGUCACGUAAUGCGAAUGCCAGUUUAUCGCUUUCCUCGUCGAGCUUUAUUUUCUCUUAUGCGGUUGUACAAAGUACCACAGUAGACUGCAAGUGACAUGAAGCGACUUUGAUUGGAGUAUAGCACCGAAAGUGUAGUCACAUCAAUUACGGUCAUGUAAAGCAUUGAAAAGAAAUGUGUAGUCAGCUGUAUAGUGUAGUGCUAUUACUGCUCUCACUGUAAUGCGGCGUUGCACAUAUUCGAUUUGCAGGUAGAUUGCUGCGGAUUCUGUUUAUGACGCCCUCGUUCAUAGUUUUUAAAACUUUAACGGGCACUCACCAACUGUGUUUUCGCUUCUUUCCCAUUGAUAUUUGUUUCAGCAAGACAAGUGGGCUGGGCAGUAGUACCGUACGUUGCUGCAAAUCUAUUUUCAAUGGUUUCCGUGACUGCAACUGAUUUAUUUACGCUCUCAUUGUUGUUGUGAAGUCACAGCCGUUAGCUGCAUCUGGACGUACCUAUACGAACCUCCACUAGACUUCAUUGGCAUCGUUUAGUGAUUUAUUUUUCUCUUCGCUUUUUUAAUGUCUCAGUCUGACGCAACUUGGUGUCCAACAACUAUUUCCAUCUGUAGCUCUCAUUUUGUAUUUGUGUGGCGAGUGGUGUGAAGAUAUUGCAGUCGCUGGAGUCAUGAGAACUUACGUGAACUGCACAACGGACUCUGGCCGACUCCAACAUUACCCUUUACUGCUUACUGAACCAAUGGUGAUGGUUUCUUCAAUUCCGCACUCAUCACAACGUUUGUGCUUGCGAUAUUUCUUCUGCACACACAUUCACAUCUUUAGAUAAUGAUCACCGAACGCAUCGAUGCCAUCAAACUUUGGUGGCUUUCACUUGACAGCACUCUCAGCUUACAACUUGUUCUUGCGUAUGAACACAUGGCCCUCCCUCUUCUGAUUUUGGGAAAUCGUUUAAUUCUGUUACUUCUCACGGCUUGCAUAAAGUUUUUGUCCAUAACUUUCAAACAUCUAGACAAAUUGGUUAGUCAGUUGCAACUAACGACCGAAGUGAACUAUACGGUUUCAACCUCGACGUAGAAUUGAUGAGGUGCUUGAAAUCACUUUUUAUCCAACUUGUAAUACUUGAACCGUGUAUUGAUUUAUAACUCGUUUCUUAGUUAGUUCUAUUUGGGUCUCAGUUUCGUAUAUGUCAAUACCAUCUUAAGACGAUUCGUUUUGCUAUCGUUGCUGAAGAGCUAGUGCUUUCGCAUUAAUGAUGAGCUGUUGUGAUUGUUUACACUUGUGUACUAUUACGUCUCAUCAUCCUCGGACCGCCGCGACACCACUGUUUACAGAGUCAAGUGAAUCUGUGUGGAUGUUAAUAUCACACCUCUAAGUCUGCCAAAUAUUCUACUUGAACCCACUGUUAGCCGUUUUCCCCAUAUCCUUGUUGGAAACAACAAAUGAUUAUUGGCCUGUGCAGCUUCACUCUUCCGUGCCAACAUAGGCAGUCAUGUAUAACCAUCAUUAACAACAAGCAGAAUUCUAUGUAAAGGUAUCGUAGUAUUAGCUUUGUCGUUAUCGCUUCGGAACUGCUAACUGACUCAAUCACACUUCUCAUGCCGUAGCACUAGAAAUCCUUCUCUACUCUUGAAGCUAUCACAACUCUCGAAACGGCGUAAGAUAUGCUUAAUGCCAUUUCUUGAAUUUAUCCCUAUAAGUAAGAUGCACUACGGUUGUUUUAAAUUCCAUUUCCUCGUUGGCUUUAUGCUUUAAGAGGUCCACAGUAAUGUCUCUUUUAAAAUCCAUUUUGCGUAGACUAACGCAAAGCACCGUACACCUGUGCCUUCCAGCUAAUUUUGCUUGGCGAAGUCCUAUCAUCUCUUCUCUUGUUGAUUCUAAAUAACCCGUCAGCUCGGCCGUUCUCGAACUCCACAGGUUUUACUGCAUUUCAUGUGCUCGUUUGGUUGAUGAUUACUCACUUGGGAUGUUAUGCAUUUCAGUUACUUAUCCGUUUAUCACUUCCAGAGUCGCCGCGAAAAUGAAGAAUGAUUCCACCAUACUUCAUGAGACCGAUCCCUCAGGCUUCGGAUUAUCGUUCGUUUCGUUGCGGUUACUUCAUCUCUUAUCUGGUUCGCUGGUCGUCGUUUACGGUUGCUGUACAACUGGAUCAUUCUCUGAUUUUCACUCCCACUAAUACGGUUGUAAACUUUUAUUUAAUCUUGCAUACGGGACACUUCAUUUCUCUAUGUGCGCCCAUCAUUACUUUACCUCUAAUAGACGCUUAUUUGUGAAUGCCUGGGGCGAUGAAUACAGUAUAGUUUUGAGUCUUGCUGAUUGCUUGUACCUACGACCCUGGUCUCACCCUACUGCUCGUUAUGCAGUUCUUUGCUGUGGCAAACCUAUUAAAUUCGCAUGUUAACAUUUCUCGCCUCCACUGCUUUUGAUAGCUCACUUCUGCUUUUGUCUUGUUUUUCUUGACUACUACCCGUUGGUUGGUCUACUUAAUUCCACCGCAUUAACCAGGAGAACCUAACCAACCCUUAGUAUUCGUACAACUUUCCGUCUUUUCGCUAAAAACCACCAUAGUGGGUGUGGCUCAUGGACUAAUAAGUCUACGACAGAUUGCCU